UCGCGCGUCCACGCCGCACGAACUUGGCACUGCAGUCUGCCACACUUGGAACACGAGGUUUUAGCCGCUAGACAAGUGACUCGCUUUUGGAGUGCCACGAUCGAAUAUAAGAGAGCAGUAGUUCACAGGCUCUUGUUCCGAACUGCAUAGAGUGCUGUGCAGUGAUAUCUACUUUUUUUCCAUAAAAACGCGUAACACUUGAUGUGCCAGGAUGUCGUGGCUCCUGGGAUCGUCUUGGAAGCAGCAGCAGCCGCCACCAUCGGCUGCUGAUCUCAGCCAGUUCCAGACACCGUCGGCCGCUGGAGGUGCCGGUGCCGGGGGCUCGUCCGGUCAGGGCGGCGGGCCGCCCAAGAUGACCAAGUCUCAAAUGGAAGCUUACAGGUUCGACUCGAGUGCCUUAGAACGAGCUGCCGCCGCUGCCAAGGAGCUCGAACGGUCAGCUCAUGCUAAAGACGCUCUAGAGUUGUCGAAAUUACAAGAACAAACCCGGAUGGCUGAAAUUCAAGCUAAAGCUAAAGAAUAUGAAGCUGCUAUGGAGCAAGCAAAGGUCGAGCAAAAAAGGAUAGAAGGCGAAAACAGGUUGAGACAAAUACAAGAAGAAACGAAGCAACAACAAACUCGUGCCCAAUAUCAGGAUCAAUUGGCGCGAAAAAGAUACGAUGAACAGUUAAUACAACAACAACGUAUGAAUGAUGAAAAUCUUAGGAGACAGGAGGAGUCUAUUGCAAAGCAGGAAGCUCUCAAGAAGCAAACAAUUGCUUAUGAACAAGAACUUAAACAUAAAAGCGAUUUGCAAAAAAUCGCAGAGAAGUACAAGUCAAAGCAAAAAAUGGAUAGAGAAAACCACGAUUUGAACUUGGAAAAAUUGAAAUUACAAGCUGCCGAGCAUAGGGAUACAGUACUUAAGUCUUUAUCGUCUGUUGGAGCAGGUGUAUCAGCACUGUUAUCCGACUGGAAUAAAGUUUUAACUGGUGUUGGUGGUAUUUCACUUGCAGUUCUAAGUUAUUAUACAGCCAAAGGUGCCACUGGUGUUGCAUUUAGACAAAUUGAAUCUCGCCUUGGAAAACCUUCACUUGUACGUGAAACCUCAAGGUUUUCUGCUCUUGAGCUUUUCAAGCAUCCCAUUCAGACUGUUAAAAAGCUAAGACCCAAAACAAGUGAUGCACUUCAAGGUGUCAUUCUGGCCCCUAAAAUAGAAGAGCGUCUCAGAGAUGUAGCUAUAGCUACAAAAAAUACAAAAAUUAAUCGUGGUAUGUAUAGAAAUAUUCUAAUGUGUGGGCCUCCUGGAACAGGUAAAACUAUGUUUGCUAAGAGACUCGCUCAACACUCUGGCAUGGAUUACGCUAUCUUGACCGGUGGUGACCUAGCACCCCUGGGUCGGGAUGGAGUGACAGAAAUUCACAAAGUUUUUGAUUGGGCAUCAACGUCGCGACGUGGUUUGUUGCUCUUUAUCGAUGAGGCCGAUGCUUUCUUGCGCAAACGUUCGAGCGAGCAUAUCAGCGAAGAAUUGCGAUCUAUGCUUAACGCAUUCUUGCACAGAACCGGUGAUCAAAGCGAUAAAUUCAUGCUGGUUCUUGCAUCCAAUACUCCCGAACAACUUGAUUGGGCAAUGCACAAUCGUAUGAAUAUGAUCCUUGAGUUCCCACUGCCCGGCCGCGAUGAACGCGAGCGUCUUAUUCGAUUGUACUUCGACAAGUACGUCUUGCAGCCUGUAGCUGAAGGUAAAGGAAGAUUUAAACUGGCCCAAUUCGAUUACGGAGCCUUAUGCUCGCGCCUCGCUGAUAUGACCGAAGGCAUGUCAGGAAGAUCGAUCGCACAGGUGGCUUUGUCUUGGCAAGCUGCUGCUUUUGUUUCUGCCGAUGGUAUACUUACCGAAGAUAUGAUUGUGCGGGAAGUUAUGUACGCUGUCAAAGAAUUGAAACAAAGAGACGAAUGGCAGAGCGAAAAAGAAAUGGCAAAAUCGGUAUACGCUAGCGAUGACGAUGAUUUUACUCCAAAGAAAAAAGUUCCUGCAAUUGAAGCUGCUCCUGAAUCUGAGACUUCUUCAGCUACUGCUAGAGCAUCAUAGAGAAUCAUAAAAUGUUGCAUGUUUUGAAAAAACUGUAAAUAACUAAAUAAAGAUAUUAAUAUUGUGAAUAGUCACGGUUUGAAAAAUGUAUUUGUAUCUUUAUAUAGUAAUUGUUAUAUGGCAAGUGAGAAAACCUGUACAUACAUGUUAAAAAAUACAUAUGCACAAUUUAAAAUUAA